CAACGAGUCUAUGGCGCCAUAAAGCCAUAACAGUUGUUAAUUUUAUGUUUCUGUCUAUAGAGAAAUGUAAUUUAUAAUGAUUUGAUGUUGAGCAAAUAAAGUAAUUGAAUGAAUAAAAUUUGAAUUUAUUGCUGUCAGUUACUUACUUGUUAGGUAAAAUUCGCUGCACAUUUAGAUGUGUCCUUUAUUGAAUAAAUGGACGCAUGAUCUCUGUUGGCAUUUUCUCUGACUUGGAAAGGUUUUAAUUUAAGAAGAGUUUAGAAAUGUCUGUGCAAGAAAAGCUAGUAUAUCCUCCUGGUGUGCGAGACAUAACAGAAGACGUUUCGACUGAUGAUUUGGUUCGCCGUUUGAAAGAAUGUGCUCAUGCUUUUCAGAACAUGAGUCAGGAUGAUGAUAAUUCUGCUUAUAUACCAUUAGCUCUUCAUCUGGCUUCUGAGACAUUUUUGGAACACCGCAGCCGUGAUGUCCGUCUUCUGGUAGCGUGUUGUAUAGCUGAUGUAUUUCGUGUGUAUGCUCCUGAAGCUCCUUAUAAGGAUAUUACUCAACUUAAGGAUAUAUUUGAAUUUUUUGUGGAUCAAAUGAAAGGUUUAGAAAAUCCUCAAAAUCCAUCCUUCAAGCGUUAUUUUUAUCUUUUAGAGAAUCUUACAUGUGUUAAAACAUUUAAUAUUUGUUUUGAAUUAGAAGAUAGCCAAAAGAUACUGUGUCGCCUCUUUCAUCUUAUGUUUAAAAUAAUCAAGUUUGUAUUCAUUGAUCAUUUUCUUUUCUUAUGUCAAAAUGAUGAACCAAGUUUUCAUGUUUUUAUUUUCAUUGCAAAUAAGGAAAUGUACACAUCUGAUGUAUAUGUUGUGCUUGUGUUUGAUUAG